AUGUUUGAUAAACCUUUCCCUUUUACAGAUGGAGUCAUUGGUCAUCACAACUUAACACAGAUAGACCAGCUACAGACCAGUUAUAACAACCUGACUAAAGAGAGAGGCCAGCUACAGUCCAGUUACAACAUCCUGACUAAAGACAGAGACCAGCUAAUGACCAGUCACAACAACCUGACUAAAGAGAAAGGCCAGCUACAAUCCAGUUACAACAACCUGACUAAAGAGCGAGACCAGCUACAGUCCAGUUACAACAACCUGACUAAAGAGAGAGAACAGCUACAGUCCAGUUACAACAACCUGACUAAAGAUAGAGACCAGCUACAGACUGAGAGAGAUUUUCUUAGUGGGAGGUCUACCAAUCUCAAACAAACCUGUCCUGAAGGCUGGCAGAAGUUUGAAUCCAGUUGGUACUUCCUGUCUACUGAGACUAAAACCUGGAAGGAGAGCAGAGAGGACUGUCUGGAGAGAGGAGCAGACCUGGUGAUCAUAAACAGUGAUAAGGAGUUUCUCUUCAACCUCAACAAGGGCCUCUGGAUUGGUCUGACUGACUCUGUUACUGAGGCGACCUGGAGAUGGGUGGACGGCACCCCACUGACCACCCCAAGGUACUGGCAUAAACCACAGCCUGAUAAUGGUGCUGGCAGACUAGACUAUGGUGAGGAGGACUGUGUUGAGAUACUACGCUUCACUGCAAAAACUGCCAACAGAACCGGAGGAACCUUUACCGCCCGAGCCACCAACGAUCGCAGAUUCAGUUCUUCCUUCCCUGCCAACAUCUCCAAGGUGACUGGGGGCGGUGCAGCCAACAGUACGGUGAGCCUCACGGCGCCCGCUAGCACCCCGUCAGGAACGGAUGUACUGUAA